AUCAAUUUCAAUUUUUUUUUUUUCUUGACAAACUAUCUCUCAUUUUUGCUGUUACUCCAUGAGACGCGUUUGCCAUUCCUCUGUGCGUUGGACAUGUCAACGUGGUUACCAAACUCAGGCUAAUGUCAGUGCUGCACCCAAGCGAUCCCUGUUCCCGUGGUUGGCAGGCACCGUGGCAGCCGCUGGCGGUGGAUACUGGCUUGGCACUUCCAACUUGCAACAACCGGUGGCAACACCGACCACCGAACAAAUUCAACAACUGGGACAGUCAUCGUUGAAGGAACCUACUGUUCCAAGCCAUACGACGAUUCAACAAGCUUUUCGCAAGCUGCAAGCGGUGUUACCUCCGGAGCAUGUCACGGUGGAUCAGGACAUUUUGAACCAGCACGGUUACUCCAAUAACAGUUACCAUAACGAAGGCGCACCCAAUAUCGUCGUGUUCCCACGCAGUACCGAAGAAGUGGCCGCUAUCGUCAAGAUAGCCAAUGAACUCAGUCUGCCCAUUAUUCCUUUUUCAGGAGGCACUUCAUUGGAAGGUCAUUUUUCAGCUCCUCGAGGUGGUAUCUGCAUUUCAUUUACCGAGCAUAUGGAUCAUAUUGUCGCCUUUCAUCCAGAGGAUAUGGAUAUUGUCGUACAACCUGGUAUAGGAUGGGAAGAUCUCAAUGCUGAAUUGAAGAAACAUGGACUCUUUUUCCCACUGGAUCCUGGACCAGGGGCUUGUAUCGGAGGCAUGGUGGGUACGGGAUGUUCAGGUACCAAUGCCGUUCGCUGGGGUACCAUGCGCGAGUGGGUUCUGAAUUUAACAGUCGUCUUGCCCAAUGGACAAAUUAUUAAAACUCGACAACGGCCAAGAAAAUCCUCUGCAGGGUACGAUCUUACACGUCUCAUGAUUGGAUCGGAAGGAACCCUCGGCAUCGUCACGGAAGCCACCUUGAAGUUGGCCGUGAUUCCUCCAGAAGAAACAGUGGCCGUAUGUGAUUUUCCCUCGGUCCGUGAUGCGGCCGCGGUUGUCCCUGACCUGAUCCGAGCCGGCGUACAGAUCGGAGCAGUAGAGUUGUUGGACGAGCUGAUGAUGAAAGCCGUGAAUCUUGCCAACCCAAGUUUGGGCCAUAAGGAACGACCGACCCUAUUCCUCAAGUUCUCUGGUUCCAAGCCUCAGAUUGAGCAUGAAAUUGAGCUGGUAUCGAAAAUUGUCAAAGACCAUCAAGGAGGCACGUUCAGAUAUGCCAAAAACGACCACGAAAAAGCCGAUCUGUGGGAAGGGCGCAAGAUUUGUCUGUGGUCUUCGACUUUGCUAAAGGAAAAUGCCUCGAUCUGGACAACCGAUGUCGUGGUACCGGUUUCCAAGUUACCCGAGUUGAUUGAUGAGACAAAGAAGGAUCUGGCCACUUCCAGCCUUCCUGCACCGAUGGUGGGUCACGUUGGUGACGGAAACUUCCAUGUAUUUAUUUUAUUUGACAAGUCCAAACCUGAAGAAUACGCCGAGGCUAAACGGCUAAACAAGAAUUUGCUGACCCGCGCCAUCCGUAUGGAAGGGUCAGUGACGGGAGAACACGGUGUAGGUUACGGAAAGAAAGAAUAUUUGCCUGCAGAACUGGGCGAAGGCACCGUCGAAUUGAUGCGAACCGUCAAACGAGCCAUUGACCCCAAGAAUAUCAUGAAUCCCGGCAAAGUGCUUCCUUGAUCAAUCGCCCCUCCAUCAUACAUCACACAUCACGCACACAACGGCUAUUUUUAUACCAGUAUUCAAUUUGUGGAUGUUUUAAUUGGGAACAAAUAAUAAUGAUAAGAUCUCGACAAUAGUAAAAUUGGAUUAUCCUUUGAAUCUUGACGACGGUUUGUUUGUACCUGUGAUGCCAUGGAACGAACAGAAGCAGCAAGAGUCAAUAAAAAAACGCUAGACA